AAAAAAUUAUAUAAAAUCUUAAUUUCACAUAACCAUACGGUGUGUUCACGGCGGCAAUACUCUGCACUCUCGUCUCUUCACGCCCCAACACUCCGAUCUGUCUUUAUCGGAUUACCCGACCUGAAACUGGAAAGAUCCAAAUAGAAGUUAAGUUCCUUCACAAAGAUAUGGCCGACGAAGUUAACAAAACUGCAUUUUUAGAGAUUCAAGGUCGAAUGAUUGAGCUCACCGGCAAAUUGAAACAGGUGCAAAACCAGAUGCGAACGAAGGAAGGUGAAAAGAAGCGUGCUUUCUUAACAUUGGAGGAGCUGAAUCAGCUGCCUGAUGAUACAAAUACAUACAAAUCCAUAGGGAGAACGUUUGUUUUAGAGCCUAAGUCAGUUUUAGUGAAUGAACAAGAACAGAAGCUGAAAGAUAGUGAAUCUGCAAUUGGUUCAUUACAGAGCUCAAAGGAGUACAUGGAAAAACAGCUGGCGGAGGUGGAGAACAACUUGAGGGAGCUGCUGCAACAAGAUCCAGGCCUCGCUCGUCAGAUAAUGUCGAUGAGCGUGUAAUUUCUUUAACUCUUUCUUAUUGGAAAAAUACUUCUCACGUUAUCUUGUGUUGGUGGUUGCUUUAAAAAUUUAUCUAAGUACUGGAUAAGAAUACGCAUUUUGGUUUAAUGAUAUGGUUUUUUGGUAUA